CGGCGCCGCGAUGCGCCGAACGAGAGUCACGGUAUACGACACGGCACUGGCACUGCACACUGCACAGCAGCACAGCGACGGAGAGUCACCGUGUCAGCAUUUGUCGUGCGGUGAUGCGAGAGAAGCGCGUAGCUCGCCGCUCGGCCUGCAGCGUCAACGGAGCGAGUCGCUAGUGCGCGCGCGUUCAGCAACGAGCCGGCGUAUCCGACGUGACCGCCCGUAGUGGAUUCGCGCUUGGUUUCUGUCACGAGUCGUUCGACGAAACUCGCAUUAUGACAGGCCCGUCUCGGGCGUCGUAGAUCCGCCAGCGUCGCGUACUGUACGUUCGGUCCAGUCUACUGAGCGGCGGACCUCUUCAGCGACAUGGCGGGCUUUCGGGACGAGGACAGGGCCCUGUUCCCGAUCCAGAGCAUCUCCGCGAUCGUGCAGAUCUUCAAGAACCAGCUGGAGAACAGCGCCGAGCCGGAUCUCGCGCUGCUCUCGAUCCUCGUCGGCGCCGUGGAGAAUUCCCUAACCUGCAAUCGCGCCUUCGUCUCCCAGGAGAACGUAGUCUACGACGAGCCGAAGCUACCAGCGGUCGAAUACCAUAUCGCCGAGGCCCUUUACACCAAGUUCCACGCGGUGAUUAAGGGCGCCGUCGACCUCACUGUUUAUGACACCAAGUACGCCACCAGAGAACUCGUGAAGAAGGUGUCGGACGUGAUAUGGAAUUCGCUCACUAGAAGUUACUAUAAAGACCGAGCUCAUCUGCAGAGUCUCUACAGUUACUUGACGGCAAACAAGCUGGAUUGUUUCGGUGUUGCCUUCGCUGUGGUGGCAGGAUGCCAGGUUCUGGGAUUCAAGGAUGUGCAUCUCGCAAUGUCAGAGGAUCACGCUUGGGUUGUGUAUGGAGAGGACGGCACAGAGACAGCUGAGGUCACAUGGCAUGCAGGUAAAGGAAAUGAGGACAAGCGUGGGCAGCCGGUGGAGCCUGGUGUGGCAUCUCGCUCGUGGCUCUAUGUGAAUGGUCAUGCGGUCGUGUGCUCUCGUGCUAUGGAAGUGGCUACCAUAGUGUCAGCCAUAAACCCUAGUCUGAGCGCAACAGCCGAUGCGGCUGAAGUCGCGUUGCUUCAGCAGGAAUUGCUGUGGCUGUUGUACGAUUUAGGCCAUCUGGCAAAGUACCCAAUGGCACUGGGUAACCUGGGUGAUUUGGAAGAAGCUGCGCCUACACCUGGAAGACCGCCGGCCAUAGACCUCUUUCAGGAAGCCAUAAGAUCGGCGAGGAAGUAUUACGGAAAUGCACAUGUCUAUCCGUACACUUAUCAAGGCGGAUAUCUGUAUCGGCAUGGGUUACACGCGAACGCACUAUCGUCGUGGGCCGACGCCGCUGAUGUCUUGCGAAAAUAUGAUUACUCGCGGGACGACGGCGAGAUAUACAAGGAGUUGAUAGAGAUCGCCAACGAGCUGAUACCACAUACGGUGCGCGCCGACGAGCGGCUGUUACGACAACCGCGUUGCUUCGCGCAUUUGUUGAGAUUCUACGACGCUAUCUGCCAGUGGGAGGAGGGCGCAAACACCCCUGUGCUGCAUAUUGGCUGGGCCCGGCCGUUGGUGAACACGAUCUCGAAAUUCGAUGCCGGUAUACGCGCGCAAGUGGUCAUAGAGUGCUACAGCACCGAGGCCAGGCCGGAGGAGCAGGCGGCGCAAAAGAGAGAAACCAGCCCUGAGGAGACGCUCAACAACAACAACAACAAUUACUGCAAGACCAAGGAGAGGGGCAACGCGGCGCGAGACCUGAUCAAGAGUCUAGAGUCCAAAGUACCCUCCAACCCGGCGCCCACGCAUCCGAGUAUCCAGGCGCUGACGGCAGCCUGCAGCGAGAAGAUACUCAACAGAGACUACUUGCUGCAGGGUGGCGGUGAGCCAUUCGUCGCCCCACCGGACGACGCUCUGCCGCCCGCGCCUUCGACGUCCCAAGAGAACGUCGACCCCGAGGUGGAGGCAGACUCCGAGAACGAGAGGCCCAGGGUGAUAUUAUACAGCCAGAAGAUGAAGGGCCUGAAGGACCUGCUGCUGGCGGAGAAGCUCAACACCAGCGCCGUGGUGUUGCAACUGACGGCGCAGAGUCAGGUGCAGAUCGGUAAGAAGUCUCGCGGUGGCGAUGACGUGGGUGUCAGUCAGCGCCCCAAAAGGACACGCCGGGAAUAGUAUAAGAUACUCGACCGACGUUUCGGCAUAGUAAAAUAUUAAAAUGGUGCCAGCAAAGGGUCUCAGUGGACCCUCCGCGACUCUCGGCGAGUCCAAGUCGGAUAUACAUGAUCGAAUCGCGCGCGAUUGGUGCGCUGACGUUAAGGUAUACCGACACUUCCUCGCUCUCGGUUUUCUCCCACCGACGCUCUGGGCGCAUUGCUAUCCUCCCCGGCUGGACUCGCCGGAAUCUCUCGACCCGAUGAGCGUCGCGAUGAAUAUCGUGUGCCGUUUGAUUUCAAUCAAUCCUCCACGGUGCUUCUCGUUUUCUGCAACGGCGAAGGCCGCGCGGGUCCUUUGCGAGACACGUUUACGUUACCGUCGGGAAAUAUAUCGCCGUUAGACUUGUAGAUAAAGUAGAUACGAAGAAAAUUUGUAGAAAAGUACAAAAAAGUUUUCCCCAGUUUGAGUUAAUGGGCGGGGUCGCUCGUAGCUCGUCACAAAAUGGAUAAUCUCUUCGUCGUCUGCCGAUUGUCCCGUUCGGCGCCACCUCGUCGAGACUUUCUCGCCCGACGUUUCGCCGUCCGAGAUCCUUCCUCGGUCGCGGCGUUAUUUCGGUCUCGCCGAAAUUUCGAGAUGAUCGAAACGCGGGGGGAAACAAUUUCCAGGUUCAGUCCCGCUUUUACAUUUUAAAAAACGACACGUUGCGUUGGAGCGUUAAACUUAACAACGUAUUUUUUAGAUGUUAUAUUUUUUUAUAACGUUAUAACGUUAUUGUGUCCAUCGCGAUAAAUGUUGCGACGUUCAAUCGGUCGGUAUCUCAGCGCGCUUCUUCACGAGAGCGUCGUGAACGAGCGAACACGACGAGCGGCGAGACGUCCGAGCGCGAAGGUGCGCGGACGAGGAGGAAGUGACCGAGGGACAGCAGAAACAGCAGACAAGGAAGUGACUUGCUACCGUCGCAAUUCGACUAUUGUGCGUGUAAAUAUCUCCUUGAUUCUUCCACAGUGCGUAGAGCUGUGACUUGCGGUAAGGGGAAAGGAAAGGGAGGAGAAGGAAUCGCGAGUGUUGUACCUAAAGCUAUCUCCGCGGGAGGGAAAAUACACACAGUUAUUUAUUCUA